GGGCGUCCCCGCGGCUCCCGCGAGAAGCUGGCCCGGGGGACGCGGUGCGGUUGGGCAGGGCGUUGGGAAGAGGCUCGCGCGCAGCAGUGGCGGCGGAGGCGGAGGCGGAGGCGGAGGCAGUUGCGGUUGCGAGGCCUGCGGGAGUUGAAGAAUGGAUUUGUUGGGGUUGAACAAAUUUAUGGUUCUUCUGUGGAAGAAUUUUACUUUGAAGCGCCGGCAGUGCACUGCUCUGGUUGCAGAGCUCAUCCUGACUGUCCUGUUUGUUGGCGUGCUUCUGUUAACACGCAGGUUUUCGUAUAGAGAGAAGACUGGGCCCUUCAGUUACUCUCCGAAGCCUGUUGAUGAGUUGCCUAUGUUCCUCAGAAAAGUCCCUUCUUCUGGUGUGUGGGAGUUGGCUUUUGUGCCUUCCAAAAGUGUUGUGGUGAAGGAUAUCGUUGAAACUGUGAAAAGAGAUUUACACUACAAUUUUAAAGUUCAAGGCUUUCCUUCAGAAAGAGAUUUUGAAGAUUAUGUUAAGCAAGGGAAUAACUCUGAAAGAGUGAUGGUUGCUUUUGUUUUUGACCAUGAGUUCAAAAAUAGCCAUGAUCCUCUGCCACUUAAGGUAAAAUAUUAUUUGCGUUUUAGUAGUUCUCAGAGGAACAAGUAUGUGGGGUUUUACCGACCUGGAAGCUGGGAAACAGAUACUCUCUUUCCAGAGCCUCCUUCAAUAGGACCCAGAAAUGAAUACGAAAACGGGGGGAAUCCUGGGUACAUCUCUGAAGGAUUCCUGCUUAUGCAGCAUGCCUUGGAUAAGGCCAUCAUGAAAUAUCAUAACCACAAGACCGCACAACAGUUGUUCACAAAUGUUCAUGUAUUUGUUCAGAGAUUUCCAUACCCAAGAUAUGAUCAUGAUUACUUCUAUGUCCUAUUUAGUGUUUUUGCCCCUUUAGUAAUCUUAUUUGUCUUCAUUGUGAAUUAUCUUACCAUCCUUCAGUCUGUUGUGUGGGAAAAGGAAAACCGAUUGAAGGAGUACCAGCUCAUGAUCGGACUCAGCAAUUGGAUGCUCUGGGCUGCCUACUUCUUCACGUUUCUCAUGUUGUAUUUGGUUAUCAUCUUUUUGACGUGCCUACUUUUCUUUGUCAAGAUGAAACCUUUGCCGAUCAUCCAGUACAGUGACCCGUCUCUUGUUUUUGUCUUUUUGCUGUGUUUUGCCAUCGCCACAAUAUUCUUCAGCUUUAUGGUCAGCACAUUUUUCAGUAAAGCACACUUUGCUAUACCUAUUGGAGGCUUCAUUUAUUUAAUCAGCUACUUUCCAGCUCCCAGGAUCUCUUCAAGUUACGCACAGAUGACACUCAUGAAGAAGCUGGCUUUUUCCCUCAGCUCAAAUGUCGUAAUGGCACUGGGAACCAAAUACCUUGUCAGGGCAGAAACAGACAAAAUUGGAAUUAAAUGGAGUAACAUCUUCUCACCAAACACGGUGGAGAACUUUGUCUUUGCCUAUAUACUGGGAAUAUUUUUACUUGAUGCUGUCUUGUACGGCCUUGUGGCUUGGUACAUAGAAGCCGUCUUUCCCGGAGAGUAUGGUGUGCCCAAGCCAUGGAACUUCUUUUUGCUGCCCUCUUACUGGUUUGGGGAAAAACCAAAGAAAACAAAUGAAUCAACGGAAUUUUACAAGACAAUUGAAACCAAGUAUUUUGAAGCUGAACCUACUGAUUUGGUGGCAGGUAUCCAGCUCCAACAUUUGUGCAAGGAAUUCCGAGUGCACAACACUACCAAACUAGCUGUAAAAGACUUGUCUUUGAAUGUAUAUGAGGGACAGAUCACUGUUCUUCUAGGACAUAAUGGGGCAGGAAAAUCUACUACUCUAUCUAUUCUCUCAGGUCUCUAUCCUGCUACCAGUGGAGAGGCCUAUAUUAAUGGAUUUGCCAUCUCAAAGCAGAUGGUCCAGAUCAGGAAAACCUUGGGCCUGUGUCCCCAGCAGGACUUGUUGUUUAAUUACUUGACAGUAUCAGAACACCUUUAUUUCUAUUGCACGAUUAAAGGAGUCCCUCGAAAGAUGUACCCUAUAGAAAUUGACCGUAUGCUGUCUGCUUUUAACCUGAUUGAAAAGCGAAAUGCAUUUUCAGCAUCACUGAGUGGAGGAAUGAAGCGCAAACUCUCCGUCAUUAUAGCACUUAUAGGGGACUCCAAGGUGGUGAUACUUGAUGAGCCCACAGCUGGCAUGGACCCUGCCUCGCGAAGGGCCACCAGGGACCUCCUUCAGCAGUAUAAACAGGGCCGCACCAUCUUACUGACCACCCACUACAUGGAUGAAGCUGACAUCCUGGGUGACCGCAUUGCCAUCAUGGUGAAGGGAUCCUUACGAUGCUGUGGCUCUUCACUUUUCCUCAAAAACAUAUAUGGUGUGGGAUACCAUAUAGUCAUAGUGAAGGCACCUCACUGUAAUGUUGAAGAAAUCUCCAAAUUGAUAUGUUAUCAUAUACCAUCAGCCGCUUUGGAGAAGAAUGUUAUGAAUGAAUUAUCUUUUCUUCUACCCAAAGAGUACACACACAGGUUUGAAGCUCUGUUUACUGAUCUGGAAAGGAGACAUACAGAGCUGGGCAUUGCUAGCUUUGGUGUCACUAUCACUACCAUGGACGAAGUCUUCUUUAGGGUCAGUAAUAUGGAAGAGACACAAACAGACAUUGUAUCUACCCAACCUCAGCCUCUCUCUCAGAUGAGUGAAGUGUCAGUCAAGAACCAGAAUAGGAAUAUGUCAAGAAAUGAGGGAGCAGAUUUGUCUACUGUGAAUGAAAGACCUGCUGUUAUGUUUAAUACUGGGUGUUCCCUCUACCACCAGCAGUUCUGUGCCAUGUUCAUAAAGAGGGCAAUAUUCAGUUGGCGCCACUGGAAACUCAUUUUGCUGCAGAUACUGGCACUUCUAGGAUCACUUAUCCUUCUCUCAGAGACUGUUACGUUGACACAUAGUAAUGAUGAUACGGCCAGACUAAUGAGUUUGAGUCAAUAUGGUCAAACCAUUGUGCCUUUAUCAAUUUCUGGGAAUUCUAAUUUGACUCUGAUUUUCUUAAAACAUCUUAAAAGUAUGCUAGAGCCUGACAACCACAUACUUAAGGAAGUGCAAGGUGACCUACUAAAAUAUUUGAUGGAAAAUGAAGAUUGUAUUCACUUAUGCAUUGUUGCAUUUUCCAUUGAGGUGAAGAAAGAUAAAAUAACAUUUACUGUUCUGUUCAACAAUCAAGCAUAUCAUUCACCAGCCCUGUCGCUGGCAAUGCUGGACAAUAUUCUUUUCAUGUCGACUUCUGGCCCCGAUGCUUCCAUAACAGUCUUCAAUAAACCUCAGCCAACCGCUGCUUAUCAGAAAUACAGCUGGCCACAGUCCCUGCAGGGAGACAAGAUGGCCAUAAAUAUACAUUUUGGGAUGGCUCUUUUGGUCAGUGGCUUUUGUCUCCUGACAGUGACUGAGAGAAUCACUAAGGCAAAGCUCAUCCAGUUUCUGAGUGGGGUCUAUGUCCUUGCAUACUGGCUUUCUGCUCUACUGUGGGAUCUCACCAUAUUCUUCAUUGCCUGCUGCCUACUGCUGGGCGUGUUCAAGGUCUGCCAACUGGACGUGUUUCUCACAGACUACCACUUCCUGGACACAAUGCUGAUCGUCAUGCUGUUCGGCUGGAGUGCCAUCCCCCUCGUAUAUCUGCUGAGCUUCCUGUUUUCCCAAAGUACUUCUGCCUACAUCAAACUUGUGGUGUUCAGCUACCUUUCAGGCAUUUGCAGUCUCAUCAUAGAUGCCACAUUUCAGUUUGGAGCAUUUGUUUCUGAAACUCAUUUGUCAGAAAAAGACAAAAACAAAAUGAAAACAAAAGACCAGCUUUAUUCUUAA